AUGAAGCAGUGUGAAAGCUAUUCUGUUUUUCUCGCCGUUUUCCUCGAUGCUGUCAGAUCUGAGCAGAUCAGCUGGGAUGAUGAAGAUGACGAGAAGAUGAUGAUGCCGGUGGAAGACGGAGGCUACGAGUCGUCCGUCUCUCAGGAGAAGCAGGACGCUGUGACCUGCAGCGGAAACACGGACUCUGCUCGUCCAAUCAGCCUCAAGACGGAUAAGUCCGGGCGUCUCCUCCUGGAGACUCCUGCUGACCUCCAGAACCUUCUGUUACUGAGGAAGACCAAGAGGGAGCAGAGAGCUGCAGUCAGGAAACCUGCUGUUGUUGCUCCUGCUGUCCAGACAGUGCCUUAUUAUGUGGACGAGGACGACUUCUUCAAGGCCUGUGAUCAGAAGCAGCUGCUGGUGAUCGACAGGUACCUGUCGACAGGUGGAGACGUCAACGCCUGCGACGCGUUUGAGCGUACAGGUCUGCACAGAGCGUCCUCACAUGGUCACACAGAGGUCGUCAGUAAACUGAUGGAGGCCGGCGCCGACAUCCACAGCAGAGACAAGCUGUGGUCCACUUGUGUCCACUCGGCCUGUCGAGGAGGACAUCUGUCUGUACUCAAACUGCUAAUGAACCACGGAGCAGACAUUACUGCAACAGACAAGCUUAACAGCACUCCUCUUCAUGUCUCUGUGAGGACGGGACACCUCGACUGUGUUGAACACCUGAUUCACUGUGGAGCUGAACUUAAUACACAGGACAAGGAGGGGGACACUCCUCUUCAUGAUGCUGUUCGACACAACAGAUUUAAAAUCAUUCAGCUGUUGUUGCUGCACGGAGCCGACACACAUGUCACCAACCAGGAUGGACGUUGUCCUCUCGACAGCGUGUUGGAGUGGCAGAAUGAAACAAAGACGCUCCUCAUCGAGCAGAACGACAGGAAGUGA